AAUUCGAUCUGCAAAUUGACAACUCGGCUUUUGAUUUGCCGGAUUUCUACGCCAAUAACUUCUUACCCACAAAUGUAACUGUUAUGCAAAUUGGCAACCCGGUCUGGGUCUUGAUUUGACGGAUUGCUAUGCCUGAUGAACUUCAGAUACAGCUGUUUUCAUCGCUGACUCAAACAUAUAUAUCUCAACGUGGCUAUACGUAUCCGUCUGAAUCCGCCUUGCUUCACCCGGCAACCCGGCAACCUGCCAAACUCCUGCGGCAAGAAACGGGGGUGGUUGUCAAGGAAAAAAAUGUUAGACUACGAGGCCUUUGGAUAUAGUAUUCCUCACGACAAGUCAGUGUUGUUAUGUUCUUCUCGUCGUGUUCUUCACAUCGGAGGAAGUUUACCAGUGUGCUGACUUAUAAUUGGGAUAGGUUUCAGGAGUAUGAUGACAUUUUGCGAGUCGAACAUAUCGAGAAAUCGUGCAGCUCAGCAACAAUUCAUCGGUAUGAACAUAACUCGUUCCUGACAAUUCAUUGCUUAGUGGAUAGAGUUGAUAGAUAAACAACCAGUUAUUGUAUUUGAUUGAUUCAAAAACAUCGAUGGGAACUUAAAAUACUUUAAUAUUCAAAUACCCUGAUAGGAAUCAAUGUACAUUGGAUGUGUGUACACGGGGUAUUAGUUUCAUACUUCUACGCAAUAUGAGCCCUUGAAAAUGAAUGAUGUUAUUUUAGUACAGUGUCGACACGCCAUAUUUUGAGUAUAAUUAUUUAGCUGGUAUCUACAAGAAACUUGAUAUAUUUCUAUAGGUCAAGACUGACUGAGUAUCAAUUACCAGUCUUUAUUGUUCCGACACCAUGGGUGAUAUCAAUAAGUGACUGGUAUCCGGCCUGGGGAGUAUACCGGCACGUAAGCCACAUUUGGAAUGAUCGAGUGUUAACUGUGACAGAGAACUGACUAUUUCCUUAAAAAAAUCAUGGACCCUACCAGAAACUCUUCAAACUUAUAGAUCUCACUUGUUGCUAUUGCCGUCAUGAAUCACUAAAAUCGGCAGUUUGCCAAUUUGUGUCCAUUCGUGAAGCGAGGCCGACGGUGGGAGAAGAUAUCGGUGCGGUGAAGGAGCUUCGUGAAGGGAAUAGGACAGGAAACCGCACCUGAAGAUAUGUAUAUGUAUAUAUACCCCUGUGUAUUUGGCUCUAUACACCGAGAUUUGUGAACUUCAUCACCGUCCAAUUUAGAAGUCAAUAACCGUACCAAAUAUAUGCUACAUUUCGGAAAUUAAUGCGGGAAAUAAGCAAAGUCAAUGGAAAGGGAGAACUUCAAUACAGAGAAAAAUAUUUCAAAUACCUCGGAGAAGUCUAUGGAGAAGAAAUAUGUUUCAAGAUUUUUUGACAGGUGUUACAGCAGAGGGCUCUAGCCAGUAUUCAUCAUAUUGGUUUGGAGUAAGGCUUUACUGUUUUGAAGCUUUGUAGUUAUUUACAUUUGAAGGAUACGCGCCGUUUAAACACUUAGACGACGACGACGCCGACAACAACAACAACAACAACAGUGCUUGCUCCAUUCUCAUGCACGUGAUAUCAGUUUCAACGAAACUCAGUUUUUCAAGUGUACAAGCAGCGGAUUUGUAAAACCCUUCGACCCCAUGAAUCAUGCACCGGCAAUUUGCUCCUAAUCAAGGGCGAAACAAUAAAAGUGACUCAGACUUUAGAUGAUCAAGAUGGUGUAUGUACGUUAUGGCUUCGUUGUUUCGCAAUCUGUCCACGCAAUGUUGCAAAAUAUAACCGAAGCCUUCAAGUAAGCCACGCAAUAUAAGCAAUGCUGUAAUUGUCGCAGUGACCUAUACGUCUUCGUGUUCCUUUAAGAAACAUAGGAUUUCAUCAGCAAUUUACGCAAUCACCUCCAAAUCUAUAACUUUCAUCUAUAGAUAGAGAAUAGUUGCAAGGAAUAAUCGCUGCAUCUUGUUUAACGUUUCUUGAUUGGCAAAGCUUGAUUCGCGACGACCGUCUAUAUAGCGUUGGAAAUACGUUGAUUGCUACCUAGUGGCCGGUGACCGUGCUGCGACAACAAGUGAAUUAACGAUAUACUUAUGCGAUCUGUUCGAGCUAUUAUAUCUAUUUUUCAAGGAGGUUAACGGACAGAAUUACUUUACAUCGUGUCUUUCUAUAUGUGGUUCCUGAUGCUAGAUUCCGGAAUUGAUAAAACAUACAUUUGAUCUAUGUUUGGGCUGAUAUUCCGGCUGCAUGUACUAAUAUAGCUGAUGUGAUGAUGAUGUUUGUAAUUGUUGAGAUAUGAUUUCAACAACUUUCAGGGAAAUUGCUUUGUGCAUGGAAAAUCCUUGGAUGUUCACAUGGCAGAGGUCGAUUGGUUGAACGUUAAGAGAGGAACGCGUUUGGUGUUCAAAACAUUUUAGCCGUAUUGUCUACAGUCUCUACUGUAUAUAUAUUUAAUUCAUUCAGAACUGUGAAAGUAUAAAUCUGAACCUUUGAUCGUUCUAGAUUUGACCUAGAUAAACUGUAGAAACAUCUGCGUGAACUUCCCCGACGCCACAAAAUUGUAGGCUAAUGUCAGGUCACUGUUUAGGGUCAACGCAAAGGUAGAACAGGAAGUAUUCUGCUGACAUGGCUACUACAGCAACUGAGUACGUUAUGGAACCGGAUGGUCCUGUUCCACACAAUGCCUCGGAAUACAUUACCGGCAUGGUUACUCCACUUUAUAUCACCGUUAUCUUCAUCAUCCAUUGGCCACUAUGGAUACUUAACGUCGGCGGCAACUCGCUAGUCGUCCUCGCCGUCUACCGGGAGAGGAACCUUCGCCGACCGACGUACGCCCUGAUCGCCGCUCUCGCCACUGCAGACUUAGUUUUCGCGCUUUUUGCGUAUCCGCCGUCGAUAUACGCCGUGAUCGUGGAAAACCGGUACACUUGUGCGAUUGGAACUCGAAAGUAUUUCUUCGUGUUGACGUAUGUCUGUGCAUCGGCCUCGUUCUUUCACAUCAUGGCGAUCACUUUCGAGCGGUUUAUCGGUGUUUCGAAACCAUUGCGAUACCAUGAGAUCGUCACUAUGCGACGAAUUGUCUGCCUGGAAACAUUCAUAUGGACGACGAGCCUUUUGUUAGGGGCUACCGCCGUCUUUAAAAAGAGUGGCAACGAUCCCAUGCGGCCUGUCUGCAAACGAGCGACUACUUCGUCCCUCUUUUCACUCGUUUCCUUCCUCCUCUUGUCAGUGGGUUUUCUCGUCAUCACUCUCGUUUACCUACACAUCUAUCGGAUCGCGAAGAGACACUGGCGAGACAUGCAGGCCGAACGAAAAAAGGCACUCGCCCUUGGCAAUAAAAAAACCCAAAACUUCGACAGCCAGACCAGUAGUGACGAUACACAAUUCAAAGCCACCAAAACCAUUGGCAUCAUUAUUGUUUUCUUUGUCAUAUGUUGGUUGCCAACAGCAACGAGAUACUUCUUUGAAGGAAUCGGGGCAUCCGUCUCCAUCAGCUGGACAACAUGGAUACUAGUCAAGCGUAGUUCGGAGACAUUUUGGCUUUUAAAUGGAGUCAUUAACCCGCUCGUGUAUGCUAGGAGGAACUCGCAAUUUAGACAUGCGUUCAAAGACAUCAUCAAAUGCUCAGUAAAGAGAUAUACGUGUAAGACAGAGUCGGAAUCUAGGAGAUACUCUCUGACUACCUGGAAGGGUAGACCCUCAUUGACGUCGAAUACAACACUACCAUGACAUUUAAGGCCUCGUUAAGAUAUGACGCGGCAAAACCGCGGAGUUAAAAAAAACGAUGACUUGAAGUGUAAUACGUGUCACAUUUCUGUAUUUUGUAACACGUAAAUACGAGCAGGAUUUUUCUUGCGCGCCGUUGCCAUUCGUCUUUACGUCGUAAAAAACACGGCUUUUUUAAGGGGGGGCAGCGGUUAACCGCGUCAUUUUUUAACGAGCCUUGAGGGAGACUGUUUCCCAUCUUAUUGAUCAAUGUUCAACACGAUGGCAAAGACUCACGAGAAACCAACUCAAGGACCAGGGCCCCGUUUCAUAAAACUUUUUAUCAAUAACAAAUGCUAAAUAGCUAUGAC